UAGGAAUCGUAGCCAUCGGAAGCCAGUCGCUUACGGGCUGCCUUGCCGUUAGGAGCAGUGCUGUACAAACUCCCGAUCUUUUUUCUUUUUUUUUAAAGGGGAGUAGUAACUCUUAACAUUUACCUUCGACAUUCCAAAUGUGUUGAUCUGCAAGGUAGUCCCUCUUCUUUCCUCCCCCAUCAAAUUAGGUCAAAAUUGGACUGUACAUAUUUAUCCCUUUGCGCAAAAAAGUUGAACAAGUUUGCAGUGUGAAUUGCACAGACAGCGGCCGUUUCAUCUGGCUUCACUGAACUCUUAAAAAAAAAAAGAAGACAAUUGAUGUUCCUGCUCAUUGUCAUUCAUCGAUUUGCUGACAGCCAUUUAAAAGAAAAAUAGUUUGCCUACUAUUUGAUCUCCAAUUUGCUGGAUUUUCACGUCCGUGUGCGUGGGGGGAGGCGCUAUUGUUCGGGACGUUCAGGAAGCCGGUCGUUGACGACCUUUUUUUCUUUUUAAAAAAGAAAAAUCUUUGUGCCAACAGGACAAGUUUUUAUCGCACUGUGUAAGAACACGGCGAUCAAAACGAGCCAGGUAAAAAAACGACCGGAGUGCGAGGCCAGGACGAGCGAGCUCGAUGCAUUGAGCGCCAUGGCCGCGGCAGCAGUGAGGAAGCGAGAAAAGUGGAAAUGGCUCCUUCCGUCGACGUCGUCCGCUCAAACGACAACUAGCGGAACUCUAAAAGAAACCUUCCGGGCAGGUGAUAUCCGCUUGUCGCCCUAUUCGUCGUUCUCCGUUCGGCCGCCGAGAUGGAACAGCCGCUUGUUCACCUGCCUCUUAGCCCUCGCCUUCGUCGUCCAGUGCGUCUCAGCGCUUCCGCCCGUCAUUCGAAUAGGUGGUAUCUUCAGAGAGGACCAGAAGGACGGCAGCGCCGAGUUGGCCUUCAAGUACGCCGUCUACCGGCUGAAUCGCGAACGCACCAUUUUGCCCAACACGACGCUCGUGUACGACAUUCAGUACGUGCCGAGGGACGACAGCUUUCGCACGUCCAAGAAAGCCUGCAAGCAGAUCGACUUUGGAGUGCAGGCCAUUUUCGGGCCGUCGGAUCCGCUGCUCGGACCGCACGUCCAGUCCAUCUGCGACGCGCUCGAUAUUCCGCACCUGGAGACGCGACUGGAUUUGGAGUCGCGGACGGGCGCCCGUAACGAGCUUUCCAUCAAUUUGCAUCCAUCGCAAGAGGUCCUCAACGCCGCUUACAAGGACCUGAUGCGCUUCCUCAACUGGACCAAAGUGGCCAUCAUCUACGAAGAUGAAGGAGGUUUGGUACGACUGCAGGAUUUGGUACGAUCGCCGCCCACCAGCAAAAUGGAGGUGUACAUCCGCCAAGGAACGGUGAGCACUUACCGCCAAGUGCUGCGCGAGAUCAAGCAACGAGACAUCAACAACAUCAUCGUCGAUACGCGGACGGAGCACGUCCACACCUUCUUCAGAGCCGUUCUGCAACUACAAAUGAACGACUAUCAGUAUCACUACCUCUUCGCUUCGCCGGAUUUGGAAACGUUUGACUUGGAAGAUUUCAAGUACAACUUUGUCAACAUUUCGGCGUUCCGCAUCGUCGACGCUGACAGUAACUUUACGCGGCUUCUUCUGAGAGAUAUGGAGAAGUUCCAGCCGAUCGGCCAAAGCAUUCUCAAUAAAUCGAACAUCAUCCAGGCAGAGCCAGCUCUAGUCUACGACAGCGUUAUGGCGUUGGCUCACGGUCUGGCCGCCCUGGAUCGGGGCACAGCACUGAGGCUGGCCAACCUCUCGUGCGAUAUCGAGCAGCCGUGGAAUGACGGAUCGUCGCUCUUCAAUUACAUCAACACGGUGGAAUUUGUCGGACUGACGGGACCCGUCCGAUUCAAGGAAGGGCGACGCUCCAAUAUCACGCUGGACUUGCUCAAGCUGAAGCGGGAGAAUCUGACGAAAGUUGGCGAGUGGAACGGUCAGAUGGGACUCAACAUUACCGAUCCGGUGGCCUUUUACGAAGGCAGUACGCCCAACAUCACUCUUAUCGUCAUGACCAACGAGGAAAUGCCGUACGUGAUGGUUCGAUCGGAACGUAAUCUGACCGGCAACGACCGCUACGAGGGAUUCUGCAUCGACCUACUCAAAGCCAUUGCUGGAAUGGUCGGUUUCAAUUACGUCAUUGAGCUGGUACCCGACAAGAAAUACGGAGCGUUAGAUCCCGACACGGGUGAAUGGAACGGCAUCGUCCGCCAGAUUCUCGAAAAGAAAGCUGAUCUGGCCGUCGGAUCGAUGACGAUCAACUACGCCCGUGAAAUGGUCAUCGAUUUUACGAAGCCUUUUAUGAACCUCGGCAUUAGCAUCUUGUUCAAGGUUCCGACGCCGACUCCGACGCGGUUGUUCUCUUUUAUGAAUCCACUGGCCGUGGAGAUUUGGCUCUUCUUGUUGCUGGCCUACGUCCUAGUCUCGCUCUCCAUGUGGGUGGUGGCCCGCUUCACGCCUUACGAAUGGCACGACAAUGUGAACGGGAGCGGAGUGGGCAGCCGGUGUCACCACUGCCACCACUACCUGUCCGGCAGCAUUGGCGGUAUCGACCGGAUUCUGCAACAGCCGCACAAUACAGACGCAUUGUUCGAUAGCGAGCAUGCCACCCUGGCCAGCAGCAACGACUUCUCGCUGGCCAACAGUUUCUGGUUCACCAUCGGCACUCUCAUGCAACAAGGAUCAGAUCUCAAUCCCAAGGCGGCAUCAACGAGGAUCGUCGGCGGCAUUUGGUGGUUCUUCACGCUGAUCAUUAUCUCGUCGUACACGGCCAAUCUGGCGGCCUUCCUCACCGUAGAACGAAUGAUUGCGCCUAUCGACUCGGUCGAGGACUUGGCCGACCAGAGCGAAAUUUCUUACGGCACGCUCGACGCAGGAUCCACCAUGACUUUCUUUCGAGAUUCUCGGAUCGAGACAUACCAGAAAAUGUGGCGUUACAUGGAGAGCAAGAAGCCGUCCGUCUUCGUUUCGACGUACGAGGAAGGCACGAAGCGCGUAAUGGAAGGCAAUUUUGCCUUUCUGAUGGAGUCGACUACCCUCGACUACGUCGUCCAGCGCAAUUGCAACUUGACCCAAAUCGGGGGUCUCCUCGACUCCAAAGGCUACGGCAUUGGAACACCGAAAGGGUCGCCUUGGCGGGAUCGAAUUUCGUUGGCCAUUUUGGAACUGCAAGAGAAAGGCUCCAUUCACCUACUAUACAACAAGUGGUGGAAGGACACGGGCGACGUCUGCAACCGAGACGAUAAGAAUAAAGAGUCGAAAGCCAGUGCCUUGGGCGUUGAAAAUAUCGGCGGCGUAUUUGUUGUCCUGCUGUGCGGGCUGGCCAUGGCUAUCGUUGUAGCCAUACUGGAGUUUUGCUGGAACUCGAAACGCAACGCCCAGCAAGAGAAGCAAUCGCUCUGUUCAGAGAUGGGCGAGGAACUUCGCUUCGCGUUGCGUUGCCAAGGAUCCCGCCAGCGGCCUACAUUGAGACGCAGUUGUCUUCGAUGCACGCCCCCGAGUCACACUUAUGUUCCGACCAAUCACGACGUCCCAUCUCUUCACGGGCAGGAAAACGGUAUCAUGCCAAUGAUCGAAUUGCGCAAAGCAUCAAUCGUACAGAGCUACGACCUGGACAACUAAAAUAGUAGAAAAAAUAAUGAAAUAACCUGCAAGAAGAGGACCUCUUCGUUGGACAACAACGAAAUGUAUGCGAAGCAACAUUGUCAACAAGUAAAAAUGAAAGAAAAUAUGAAAUUGAAAAACAACUCGUUCCAGAAGAAGAGAUGAUGGUCCGGGCCAUUGGAAUACAGGGCGGAGUAACGGUGUGCGAAACAUGAUGGGAGAAGUUAAAAGAAAAAAAAAUGCAGAAAAAAAAAAGAAAAAAAAAUGUGAUGGAUAAGAAAGAGAAAGUUUCUUUUGUUUAUCAUUUAUAUUUAAACUUGCUAUGUACAUUUUUAUUAAAAUUCCUUGCAUCUUCUUCGGCUCUCUAUCCAUUUUCCUCGUUCAUCUUGUUCCCCCAGCAAUCCUCUACGCCAUGGUGAUCCAGCGAAGCUCAAGGGCCUCCUUUUGAUGACGAAAGAAAAGAAACAAGGAAAAAAAAAAUAAUAAAAAAAAAAAAAGAA